UAACCGUUAGCUCUUCAAGAUUUCUCCUGUCACCACCACCUUGGUUUCAUUCACUCCUUCCUGUUCCGUCAAGCGAAAAACUGAGGAGGAGGCAGUGGCGGCAAAGAAGGGCAGUCUGGAGAAAAGAGUAGCAGGGAAGCCAUCUAGGAAAAGGGAACUCAAUGUGGCGUGGGUGACCUCCACCGCAUCCUCACAACAAUCCUGCAAGAUUGCUUUUGGCCGUUUCCCCACACCCUGCUAACCAAAAGAGCCCACAACUUCAGAAUUCUGUUCUGCCACCAUGGAAACCUUAAGAUCUCUUCUCUGGCAAUGCAUCUCCUUGAGCUUCCUUAUCCUUUUUAUCCUGGGUAUCACUUUAGGCGAAAACAGUACGCAAGCUCAUAGCAGUACACAUAGCACAAUAUCUACCGUUGCCGCUGAGCACAAAGGAACACUGCCCAGCACAGACACCACAAGGAACUGGACUCUAAACAUUACAACAUCGCCUCCAAACGAGCAUCAUAAUCUCUCAGCCGUUAAGCUCACAGAGGGUACUCCUGCAGCAACUUCGGAAAGACUCCUGGAUUUCACAAGCCAUGAAACUUCAAAAGAGCCCCCAGUGACCAAACCUGCAGUCUCACACCAGAAAAUCAUUCAAGCAAUCACUUCGAUGACUCCCUUUCACAGCAGUGCUGCAGCUGCAACUGCAACUACCCAGGUUCCAAAGGAGAGCACCUGGUCUGACAAAGAGAGCACUACUGCCCCCAUCUUUGUAACACAUCCCUCUGAAAUGAAGAGCUCUGCUGGAAAAACCACGCCGAGCACUUUCUCUGAUCUGCGAAGCCACACUGAAGGCAGAACGAGUGUCCUGAUCACUCAGGCUCCUGUGCCUGACGUGACUCCCUCUAAGGAAAACCGCACAGGCCAGACUGAGGAGGAAAAGGGCCCAUCAAGACGCCACCAAAACAAUCAUCCCACAGUAAAGAGUACCAGCAGCCCCAAUUUCUGGCACGCAGUCCUGACAGUACAAGCCACCGCAAGCCCCCCCACAAAGGUCAAUAUUGGAAUAAUCUUGUUCAUUGUCUGUGUUCUCCUGGUGAUUCCAGUCAUCCUGGUCGUCUUGUAUGUCAGGCGCCGGCGCCGGUCCGGCUCCACCAGCAUCUCAUCAUGGUCAGGGCCGGCCCAGGUAGCUGAUGCCACAGCUUUAGAUGGAGAUGCAGAGCAAGGGGAAGAGAAAGCUGGGGAAGGGGAGACAAGACGCAGUAUGCCGCUCAGCUCCUUCGGCGAACGUCAGUCGAGGGUGUCCUCCACACCCAUGGAAGACAUGAAAGGGAAAGGGGAGAGGGAAGAGGUCCAGCAACUGCUUAAGACAGGUGCUGGUGGAGGGGCCAACCUGGAGGGACCUGAGGAAGCCAAUGGCAACCUUGGAGAGCCCCCCAUGCCCUCCUCUGGGGAGGCCUCCACCAGCAAAGCAGGAGGAGGGGCCUCCAUCUAAUCUGCCAGGAAAGGCCACACCCACUUCUUAGGCUCCUCCCACAGUAAAAUGCUGCUGUGGCCGCUGCUGCUCCCUGCUUAUCUUCAGCCUUGUCCCUUGGUCCAUUGUGUGUGGAUGGAAGAGUGAAAGAGAUGCAGCCUUGCCCCUCCAUCGUUCAGAAAUGUCUCACCACAUCCUUUUUCCUGUUUAUAUGAUGGAGAUGAGAACUAGGGAGACAUGCCGGACUUUCCAGACAUCUUCAGUUUAGAUUUGCCAAACCUCAUUUUUCUUCUAGAGGUUUAAGAGUUUGAUUUAAGCCUGAGUUUUUGGUAUGGGUCUGUUUUUGGAGAGUGGGGCAGAUAUUGAAGACUGUGUGUAUAUAUAGGGAGAGGCAGGGAGAAAGCCUAGGCCCCUGGAAAGAAAGGAUUAGCAGUGAAAUAGCCAUCUGUUUGUAGCAGAGAUGUUUUCAGAAAGAGCGAGAAUUAACUAAUGUUCUCUUUUGAAAUUUUGUGGGGAAUAUUGACACAUAUGCAUGAGACUAAAAUAACGUCUUUUCUACUAAUUCAAAAUUUAAUCAUGCCACCCCACGCAGUCCUUAUCCUUAUAUCCUCCUUCAUUCAAAAAGUUCCCCUCCGAAUGGCCUAGACCAAAAUUCCCAUGUCUCCCAGCCAGUGAAGCUGAUGAUGCGUGGUAUGGUCCAGACUACCUGCGAGACACCUGGUGGGAAGUGUGUUCUACCUCCAGGUCUUUCCUGGACAUGUGUGAACCUUGGCAGCAAAACAAAUGUACACUUUUCCACUUUCCAGGCACACUUUUUCUAUUUAAUUCAUGUAUCUUUUGAAUCAUGCAGUCAUGUUUAGACUUCUGCAUCGUAUGAUAAAUACAUGUUUUCAAGCAGCUGGUCCCUUUCUUUUUCUGACUAAAGGAGCUUUUGAAGAAUAUAGGGGCGGAACAAGCCAUAAAACAAAGUAAGCUUUAUUUAGGAAACCAUAACAUAGCAUUUUAGCUAGUAUUUUGUUUUUGCUUCAUACUUUAAAUGCUGGCUGUGCCCUCAAUAGAGGACAUAUCAGAAAGCUUUGCAGGUUUGGCUAGUUAAUUUUGUUAGGCUACUUGUGUUCUUCCCCCUUAGGGGAACAUUCCUUGAUCCUCAAUGAUCCUCAUAAUCCCAUGUGAGAUCUAACCAAUCACAAUUUAUCCAGUUAUCAACUUGAUGACUAAUGUAGAAGUGAAUCACAUGCAGAGAGACAGAAAUUACAGUGCAACCCUUCCCAUGCCUAUGCAGAAUUAAGUCCCUCUGAGUUCUAUUCCUAGGUAGGUUCAUACAGCAUCGCUGCAAGAGGGAGAUUAGCUGAAGUCGUCUUAGCCACAUUUCCAGGAGCUAUCCUAAUUUCACAAUGAGACCAGCUAAGGGGACUAUUGGCCAGCAUACCUUUCUGGAUCACCAUUUCAUUUAGGCACCAAAGUGCAAUUUCAGGAGUUAGAUUUGUUUGGAGGCUGUUACCCUGAAUAUGUAUUGAUCAGUCCUUUGUAUGAAUUAUCAAGAGGACUAGAGGGUUAGGUGUAAGUCUGUUAUCUGUUGGUUGGAGAUACUGAUCCAUUUUAAAAAGCAUGCAAUUAUGGCAUUAGUUUGAAGAGGCUUACAAUAAAGACUAAUGAUUUACUAUAGCAUAACCUUUUGUUGAUUACAGUCCACCUAAUCACAAGCAUGUGCGGAAUCAUGGGCUUUAAUCCACAAAAAAUGUGCCAUAAUAUCUCCAUUAGACUUUAAGGUAGAGGUUUCCCCUUGACAUUAAGUCCAGUCAUGCCUGACUCUAGGGGGCGGUGCUCAUCUCUGUUUCCUAGCUGAGGGAGCCAGCGUUUGUCCGCAGACAGUCUCCAUGGUCAUGUGGCUGGCAUGACUAAACACCGAAGUGCACAGAAUGCUGUUACCUGCCCACCGAAAUGGUACCUUUUUAUCUACUUGCAUUUGCAUGCUUUUGAACUGCAAGGUUGGCAGAGCUGGGACAGAGUACGGGAGCUCACCCCAUUGUGCUGAUUCGAACCGGUGACCUUUCGACCAACCAGCCCAGCAGCACAGCGGUUUAAACCACUGCCCCACCUGCAGUCCCCCAUUAGACUUUAAGAUGCUGCAAGACUUUGCAUUUUCCUGCUGGAAUCAAGAGGUGCUAAUGAAUACUAAUGAAUACCAAUGUGUGAUCAUCUUGUAAAUAAGUACUAAAGGAAUAUUUAUUUGUAUACACCCAAACUGAAUUGUCAUGGCUUUCUCUAAGACUGGGGGUGGGAGGGACUUGUAGUCCUCCAGAUGUUUUGUCCUACAACUCCCUCACAUUGGCUUAAGUUGAUGAGCAUUGUAGGGCCCAAACAUCUGGAGGACAACACGCUGCUCACCCCUGCUCUAAAAUGAUGCUUACUACAGUUUCUUGAAGAGGCUCAAUCACUGAAAGAGCAUUUUAGCAUCCUCACAAAAUUGUAGGUACCAAAGUUCCUUGGGGAGGGAGGUCCAGGCUGUUAUUCUGGUCUUGCUCCCAUUUCGUUUUUCAUUCCAAGGGCACCCUCAGAUCAAAGCCCAUCACAAUGUUUUCCUACACAAGCUCCAUCAGGAGCCCUGCCAGACCUCAUGUGCUGUUUGCAUGCAUGCAUUUUGCUUUCAUCCAACUUCUUGAUAACACUGUUUAGAAUGCCUUAUAUAUUCUACUGCUGUUCUGUUCAGUUUUGUCCAUUUUGGGGGAGUAGAGAUUUAAUUGUUUGCAUACAAGAGUUGGUAUAUUAAUAAAAAAACCCUUGAAUUUA